CACUGGAGCGAAUGCAAUAGACGUGUCAAGCUUCCUGUUAAUCUGUCAAAUUUGUCAACAAACUGAUUUCAAGUUGAAGGAGUCGGAAUGGCAUCAGAUGGGAAAUAUGACAAGUUAGAAGAACCAAUAAAUUCAGGAGACAAGGCUGACCUGUUGGACAAUGAUGAAGAAGACGGCCUUCGCUCAAACUCCCCCGGGAGUCCUGUGGGCCUUACUGAUCUCCACUCACUCAAGGACCCUAGAAAGGUUCUGGAGGCAGGAAAAGCUGUACUGCAGGAUCAGAGCCGUGGGUUGAGAAUCAUUGUGAUCUGUGCGUUCAUCUUCUCCAUUAUCAUCACCAUUGCUCUCAUUCUCUCCAUUUAUCUCGGACCUCCUCAGAUCGGGGCCAAUGCUGCGAUAUCGACCGGUGUACAGAAAUGUUCCGACAUAGGUCUACAGAUGUUAACUCAGGGUGGGAACGCAGUUGACGCAGCAGUGGCGGCCAUGUUCUGUAUGGGUGUCGUGAAUGCGGAGAGCUCGGGGCUUGGAGGGGGUGGUUUCAUGCUUGUCCAUGACCACAAGGUGGAGAAGUCAGAAGUGUAUGACUUUCGUGAGAUGGCCCCCAAUCAAGCCAAGCCCGAUAUGUUCAGCGCUGACAGCUCACAGAAGGAGCUGGGCCCAUUAUAUGUAGCUGUGCCUGGUGAGCUGAGAGGCAUGGAAAAAGCCCACAAGAAAUAUGGAAUACUGAAGUGGAAGAAUGUUGUCUCCCCUGCUGCAGAUUUGGCCCGGAAUGGCUUCCAUAUGACUGGACAUACAGAUGUGGUGCUGAACAGCCCGAAAUUCAACAUGGAAGCCUUCAAGGAAUCAAAACUAGCACAGUUUUACAUGAACGAAGAUAAGACAAUGAAAAAAGAGGGUGACCUUAUAGUGCGAUCUGACCUUGCAGCCACAUUGGACCAGAUUGCAGCAGAUGGGGCGGAGGCUUUCUACUCGGGGAACAUUGCUGAUAGCAUUGUGGAAGCUAUAGUGAAUGCAGACAAUCCAGGGGUAUUGACCAAGGAGGAUCUUAUGAGCUACAGUGUUGAGAUGAGGGAAGUUGUAAAGACAACAUACCAUGGUUACACUGUUGAAUCCGUCCCAGCCCCUGGUGGUGGCCCUGUGGUUCUGUUUAUUCUUAACUUCAUGGAGGGAUAUGGCAAAUCGGCCCAGGAUAACGCCACAUAUCAUCAGCUUGUUGAGGCAUUUAAGUUUGGGAACGCCCACAAGGAACAGCUCGGAGACCCGGGGUUUAAUGCUGCAAGGAUCAAGCAGGCGACUGAGAUCAUGAUCAGUAAAGAAGAGGCUGCAAAGUUACGUAACCUGACAACCGACACAACCCAGGACGCCAGUUUCUACCGUAGUAAGAUCAAGACUCCUGAAGAUGCCGGCACUGCUCACAUCUCGGUCAUAGAUACUGCCGAACUCAUGGUAUCCGUAACCACGACAAUCAACACAUGGUUUGGAAGCAUGGUUCUAACCGACACAGGGAUUUUGCUGAAUAACGAGAUGGCUGACUUUGGGGAGUCUGGUGACCCAAUGAAUGCUGUAGAGGGGAAGAAGAGGCCCCUCUCAAGUAUGGCUCCUACUGUGGUAUACGAGACCGGUCACCUUUGUGGGUUAAGGAUGGCUUGUGGUGGUGUAAAUGGCUCCAGAAUUAUCACUGGUGUAGCAGAGGUGUUGUUUAACAAUUUAUCUUUGAGCAAAGACCUGACGGCAGCCAUAGCUGCCCCACGACUGCACAGUGCGCUCUACCCCGACCCCAGCGUUGUAGAAGCUGAAGCUGGAUUUUCUGAGCCAAUUCUUAGUGGUCUCAAGGGAAUGGGCCACACCAUACAGAGGGUUCCAAAAGAGCUGAGUAUCGUCAAUGCCGUCCUCAAGAUAAAAGACAAUAUAGAAUCUGUUGCUGAUAAGAGAAAGCCAGGGUCCGGAUCAGCAUUGUUUAAAUGAGAUUAGCUCUAGUUAUGUACUAAGUUAGGUGUCUAUUUUAAAUAUUCAGGCUCCAAUUUCUUUGAACUUCUUAAGUCCCUUAUGACAAGAGUUAGGUAAACUCUAUUUACUUGUAUCAAAGAGUUUUUAAACUUUAAACAGGAAAAAAUCCUAUGAUAUCCUGGUAAUCACCUUAAACCAUUUUCACGUUAUCAAAAUAAAAUUUAAGCAUGUAUUUUGGCUAAUUAAAAUAACAUACUUAAUCCUGUUAAGCUUAAGAAGUUAUGAGAAUUUGUGGCCAAUUAAUUAUAUUGUCUAAUAAUUUACAUGACCUUGUUUUGAUUUUAUUUUUCAGUAAAAUUAUUUUGUUAUUUAUGUUCUUGUAUAUUUAUUAUUCAAACACAAACAUUCCUUUGCUCUAGUUUUGAGAAUCUCAAAAUUGAUUUCAAUACAUCUGAUCAGGGUAAAUCCACAAUCCAAUAGUAAAUACUCCUCAUAUUGCAAAUUUUAGGAAAGUGCAUGCUAAAUGUGUGUCCUGCUAAAUCAGAGUUUAGGCAUAUCAUUGCAAUAAAUGGUUUUAAACUUUAAGUAAAAAAUAAGAAUACAUGUUCAAGAAUAAUCAAUACUGUCUUUGGUUAAAUUUAUAUUUGAAAAAUCCUGACAUCAUAAAUAAAUAGCGAUUAAAAUGUGUGCCUAGAAAGCCAUGUUUUGUGUAUUUUAAGCUUUUAUCAUAAAAUUAGUAAAUGUAUGUAUGAUAUACAUGUAAAUAGAAUAUCACAUUGGCCAAGGCCAGAAAAUGGGUUUAAUAAGUUUUGUUUGACCACAUGCGUUUGUAAAAUAUCCUUUAUUUAAAUAGCUACAUUUUAACUACAUAUUUUCUGGCACUGGUAUUAAUGAACAUCACCAUUAUUUAAGGACAACAUGCAUGUAUAGGACUGGGUAAAUAUUUCUACAGUACAUUGAUGACUAUUUAUGUAUACAUGUACAUGAUUUGUUAACUAUUUCUUACUGGUACAUUGAUGACAAUAUACGAUUAUGUUCAUUGCUCUGUAGCACAUUCCUUUACAUCAGGUAAUAAAUAUUUCCCACCUUG